AUGGCAAAUAAUGAUACAACUAUAUCACCCGACCCAGAAGACUAUAUAGAAGAAGAAAAUACUACAGAUUUUUUUGUUCAAGAAGAAGAAGAAGAUGAUUCAAAACCAUCAUCAAAAUCAUCAAAAUCAACAAAUAAAGAUAAACAUCGUAAAAUAAACAUUAAAAUCACUGAUCCAUCUAAAUUUGAUUUAGAAUUGUUAGUUCCAUGGACAAGUAAACUAGGUAAAGCUAUGGAGAUUUAUUGUAAAAGAAGAGAAAUUGAAUUUGAAGCUCAUAGAUUUUUAUUAGAUGGUACAAGAGUUUUACCUCAUCAUACUCCUGAAGAUUUAGAAUUAGUUGAUGGUGAUGAAAUUCAAGUUUUGAAUAAUAUGUAUGGUGGUGGUGGUUGA